AUGGAGUGCACCAGUUGUUCAGAGGAUUUCUGGUCCAGCCCCCAGCGUGAUCACUGUGUCCCGAAGAAAACAGACUUCCUCUCCUACCAUGAGCCUCUGGGUAUCUGCUUGACAACCACCUCACUGUUGGGCACAUGUAUCUGUGUUGUUGUUCUGGGCAUCUUCAUCCAUCAUCGCAGCACACCUAUAGUUCGUGCCAACAAUUCAGAACUCAGUUUUCUUCUCUUGGUGUCACUUAAGUUCUGUUUCCUCUGCUCUUUGCUCUUCAUUGGACGACCCAGAUUAUGGACUUGUCAACUAAGACAUGCAGCAUUUGGCAUCAGCUUUGUGCUUUGUGUCUCAUGUAUCCUGGUAAAAACCAUGGUGGUUCUGGCUGUGUUCAGGGCCUCCAAACCAGGAGGUGAGUCCAGUCUCAAGUGGUUUGGUGCUGUGCAGCAGAGAGUGACAGUUCUGGUUCUGACUUCUGUUCAAGCAGCAAUCUGCAUUGUCUGGCUUGUCUCUGCUUCACCAGUGCCUCAUAAAAACACACAGUAUCACAGUGACAAGAUAGUUUAUGAGUGUGCAGUUGGGUCCACAGUUGGUUUUGCAGUUUUACUUGGUUAUAUUGGUUUACUGGCUGUCCUCAGUUGUUUGUUAGCUUUUCUUGCAAGGAAUCUUCCAGACAGUUUCAAUGAGGCCAAACUCAUCACUUUCAGCAUGUUGAUCUUCUGUGCAGUGUGGGUGGCCUUUGUCCCUGCUUACAUCAGCUCACCAGGCAAAUAUGCAGAUGCAGUGGAGGUAUUUGCCAUCCUGGCCUCCAGUUUUGGCAUCUUGGUGGCACUGUUUGGACCCAAAUGUUAUAUAAUCUUGUUGAGACCAGAGAGAAACACAAAGAAUGCCAUCAUGGGUAGAGGCACUAAUUCAUGAAAUCUGUAUCCAGAAGUUAAUUUGAAGAAUUAUUUCAAUUUCUGCCAAUUACCCAUCCUGAAUUUUAUAUACUGGACUUUUAAUGUGGACUUUUAACUUAAAAUGUACCCAGCCAUAGAAAAACCAUGAGUUUCCCGAGGGGCAUUUUGAAUUAUUUGCAGAUUCUGGAAGUGAGAUUUCUAAGUUUUCUAACAAUGUCUAACAGGUGAAAAUCUGAAAAUAUUUGAAGAUGUGGCCAUCUGAAUGUAGGCACUCCUCA